CCUCCCCGUGGGCCCCACCGUGUGCGUGCGUGAAAAUAAAACCCCGGAGCCGAGUGGAAACUCCAAAAUGGCGCGACUGCCAAGUGUAAACACCCAGUUUUGAUGUCGGUCCGGAGUGUGGAAGCCGCCGUACGCCCGCGUCGACAUACCCUCGCGCCCCGCGCGCACCGUUUUUCCGUCGCAUCUCGGCAACAGGAAAUUCCGGCUGAAUGUUCACGGUAUCCUCGAUCGCUCAUUCUAUUCCAGGGAGUGACCCAAGCAAAAUGGCACAGAAGCGCAGUGCUGUCCAUAUAGGAUCCGACGAAGAUGAUCCUAGUGGCUGUAAAUAUAGGAGACUAGAUGACGACAACGUGCAGGACAAGGAGAGGUUUGCCAGCAGGGAGAAUCAUUGCGAGAUCGAGCGGCGGCGGCGGAACAAGAUGACCGCCUACAUCACGGAGCUCUCCGACAUGGUGCCGACCUGCUCAGCCCUGGCCCGGAAGCCCGACAAGCUCACGAUCCUAAGGAUGGCGGUGGCGCACAUGAAAGCUCUCAGAGGCACCGGAAAUACCGGAAAUACGGACAGCGCCUUCAAGCCGUCCUUCCUCACGGAUCAAGAGUUGAAGCACUUGAUCCUCGAAGCGGCGGACGGUUUCUUAUUCGUUGUGAGCUGCGACACGGGCAGGAUCAUCUACGUGUCCGACUCGGUUGCGCCGGUGUUGAACUACACCCAGAGCGACUGGUUCGGCACCAGCCUUUACACGCAGGUUCAUCCCGACGAUACCGAGAAGGUGCGAGAGCAACUCAGCGCGGCGGAACCGCAGCACGGUGGUCGAGUAUUGGACCUAAAGACUGGUACAGUCAAGAAGGAAGGUCAAUCUUCGAUGCGACUGUGCAUGGGCUCAAGAAGGGGUUUCAUCUGUCGCAUGAAAGUCGGGAGUCUGCAGACCUCAGGUGACAUGGCAGCGGCACACGGGUUGCACCGUAUGAAGCAAAGGAACUCCCUGGGACCCCCGGCGCGGGACGGCCAGAACUACGCGGUGGUGCAUUGCACCGGAUACAUUAAGAAUUGGCCACCCACUGGUGAUUUUGUUCCCCAAUGUGUACCAAGUGUGGGUCUAGGUGACAGAGGUGGCGUCCACCAAACUGGUCCAGACGGCGUAGUCACGGAUGAGAAUGCCUCCACUCAUUGCUGCCUUGUCGCCAUUGGACGAUUACAGGUCACUAGCACACCAAAUAGUAGCGACUUAGCAGGUUCCAAUAGCAAUAGCGAAUUUAUAUCACGUCACUCUGCAGAAGGUAAAUUUACCUUCGUGGAUCAACGGGUCGGCGGAAUUUUGGGUUAUACUCCAUCGGAACUCUUAGGUCAUCCCUGCUACGAAUUUUUCCAUCCGGAGGAUCUGACACAUAUGCGGGAGAGCUUUGAACAAGUGUUGAAGUUAAAAGGACAAGUCGUGUCUGUGAUGUACAGAUUUCGGGCUAAGAAUCGCGAUUGGGUGUGGUUGAGGACGUCGGCAUUUGCGUUCUUAAAUCCGUUCAACGAAGACGUCGAAUAUAUCGUCUGCACAAACACGCAUGCAAAGUCGUUUCAUCCUAGUAGCGACGGUCAAACGGAGAGCGAAGCUGUACCUGCAUAUGGACAACCUGGUCUGGAUUAUUCUCUUCCGAGCAGGCAUCCUACCAGGGAUCCGCUGUACUCGCAUCACAUGAUGCAGCACCCAGCCACUGUAGCUACAGCCAGUCCGCAACAACCGAGGCCGUCCAGCACGCAGAACGUAUACCAGAGCUACGAGACGACGCAGUCGCCGAUAGCUUAUGGGUCACCUGGACAGCAAAGCGCGUCCUCGGGGGUCUUGAAUAGGAUUCAGAAACCGGCUAAUACAUCUCCAACUCCACAAGCAUGGGCAAUUGGAAGACAGCAGCAACCCGUGACAGAAGGCUACCAGUACAGUCAAUUAAGUCCAUCGAGAUCACCGAGCGGGCCGACGUACACUCAGCUCAGUAGCGGUGCUAGAACACCGGCUACGCAGCAAUAUCAUGCAGUCACAACAGUGCCUAAUAAUCCUGGUAUGUGGGGUUGGCAGAGUCAACAGCAUCAGACGCAGCAACCGGACGGACAGACCGGCGCUCAGGUGCCCGCGCAAGCGCAACCACCGCAUCCUGGACAGGCCGGGCCCGGCACACAGCCGCAAGAGCUGUCUGAGAUGCUGCAGAUGCUGCAAGAUCAAAGCGCCACGUGCGGCUCGUCCGGCUUCGACGAAACACUGAAUAUGUUCACCACUAGCUUCGAGUAGCAACGAGAAAGGCGAUAUGCCUCUGAGAAGCAGCUUCUAUUUUAGAGGAAUUCUCUCUCUUCGGGACUUUCCCUGGCUGUUCGGUAUCACUUCGAGGAUUUUGAUCUUGGGCAUCGUAAUCCGCACCCUCACAUCGACAUCCGGAGGAUCGUUCACGGAGAACAGAGAAACGCGCGAUUUAACAAUUUAGCACCGCAUAUAUAGACUCUACGCAAAAACGAUCGCACUGGGAUUAGGACAGCCUAGUCUACCGGAUUAUUUACAUAUUAUACAUACGUAUUAUAACGAGAGGUUUUUGAUUCAUUGUCAUUGGGUAUCAGACGUUACCGGGUACGAUCGUCGCGUCAUGCGUUUCGAUUGUUUGAGAUAAUUAUCUAAAUUGAUAAGCAUGGUCUCGCUGCGAAAAUACCAUUAAAACAUCAAGGGCGUCAUCUGUACCUUUAUGACGAUUAUCGAUUAGUGCUCGAAAUAAAUUAUAAUACGCACAGAUGGGCUAUCCACAUUUUUGGGCAUAAGCUAUUGUACGUAAAAAUAAAGUUUUAUAUUUAUAAAUUUUACAUUUGAAAUUAAAUGCGUAACCGAUGAAGAUGUCAGUAACUAAUAAAUGCUUUCAAUACUUUCAAUGAUUUAGAUUGACUGUACUUUAAUAAACUUGGAAUUAAAUUUAAAAAAAUUAAUUCCAAGUUAAUCAAAUCUACUCAUAGCGGUGAGAGCUAUUAAGUUGAUUGAUUAAUGAACGGCCUGUAGAUGAAUAUUUUGGCCUUGUUACAAGUAUUCUAAACAUAUGUAAGCAUCUGUGCUUAUUAUACAAAUCAAAUAAUGUAAUUUUAAUUUUCAUGACAAUUUUAAAUGAGGUAUCAUGCGAUUCGAUAAAUAUUUAACGAAGGAAAAGAAAAAUAAAAAUGAAAAUAGCAGAAGUGUGUAACUCUAAACAAUAAGAAAAAGUAUUUUUAAAAAAAAAACUUCUCAAUCAAAGAUCUAUACACAAAUCACGGUAAUUUUAAUACCAGCUUAUCGUUAGAUUUGUAAGGUUAGCUUAAUUACUUUAAUUUAGAUCUUUGUAAUUAUAAACAGUGCAAUCAUAAACCAACACGCGAUAAGAAAUCGUUCGAGACAUUGACAAUGUACAAAAAUUGUGUAAUCCACCUUUGCUUCUCUGUGCAAGACACCGUUUUUAGAUAUUCUUAAAGAAAAAAAAAUAUAGAUAAUGUUACACAUACGAAUAAUUGCAUUUAUAAGUAACCACGUGUGACUUAGCGCGUUUGUACGUGUUUUAGCAAAUUUUGACGAGCACACUGAAACGAAAUUACAGCAUAUCAUGAUGAAUUGGGAACAUUUUUCACUAAUAUACGAACUAUACAUA